AUGAACCUCUUUAGUUUAUUCAACAAAAUCAUGUUUUCAACAACUGCGAUGUCGUAUACUUCAUCACCUUCAAUCUCUUUCCGCAAAUUUUCUGCAUUUUCCAAACCUAAACUCUGCAAUCUACCAUGUUACACCACCAACUAUUUCUCUCUCGGGUUAGCCACUUCUGCCAGAAACCUCUCUCUGACUUGUAGCUACUCGUCACAAAAUGAAUCUCGCUCCGAGGGAUCAUCGUCAAUUCAGGGUGGUGAAGGAUUUCUCAGGGAUGUGUUGGAGAGCAUGCAGGAUGUGUACUUGAAAAGGAAUCCUACUGCAAAGGCUGUAUUGGACCUUGUUCAAUCUGUUGACAACGAUAAAUUGGCCUAUGAUCAUCUUGCAUUCAGGACAUUUGGGGUGAAUGGUUAUGGAAUUGAGUCCUUGGCUGGUUUUUUCUUGGAUUAUGGCUAUACACAACGAGAGGAGUUGAAAUUUCCAGCAAAGAAGUUGAGGGCAUUGUGGUUUUCACCUCCUGCUGAUUCAACUUCCGGUACUGGCAGUGGUAUGAAUGGGCCCUUGCUGCCAAGAAUUUUUAUAUCAGAGCUAUUGGUAGAUCAGAUGAGUCCCCAAACCCAGGAAAUCAUUAAGAAAUACACUGAAUCAUCUGGCAAUGGAAACAAGUAUGGAGCUCUUGCAAGUUCCUUGGGGCAUUUAACAUGGGGAAAACCCUUAUAUUCUGAGUUUCAGCAAUUAGCAAGCGAAAGUGAAUAUGCUGCGUGGACACUAGUCAAUGGCCAUGCACUGAACCAUGUAACUAUUUCCACUCAUUGGCUGAAAACUCAUUUGAGGGAUAUAAAGAAACUGAAUCAGUUUCUUGAGGAGAGUGGAUUCAGAUUGAACUCUGAAGGAGGAGUAUUGAAAGUGAGCCCUGAUGGUCUUCUCCAGCAAAGUUCAACUAUAGCAGAUUCAGUUUCUUUCCAAUUUUCCGAUGGUAUAACUGAAUCAGUUCCAUGCUCAUACAUUGAAUUUGCCGAGCGUCUAGUGUUGCCGCAGUAUGAAAACAUACCUCACACAGAUAUUAAAGAAUUUCAUAGGAGGGAUGGUUUUGAAGCAGCAAGUGCUGAUAAGAUCUUUGAAAGCACAUCCAAGGAACAACUGAGCCGAGUAGGAGGCUCCUAG